AGAACUUACGUGUCUCGUUUUAGACGCCGAAGAAGAAAAACCGUGGCGUGAAAGAAAAAAAUACUUUUAUGUGGCUACAACUGGCUGGUUAUAAAUCAAUAAAAUACAAAUGUUUAUGGUCGUGGCUAAAUUCUCCCCCCACAGUUGAGCCGAAAUGGGCAAGCGAGACAAUCGAGUGGCUUAUGUAAAUCCGAUCGCCGCCGCUCGAUCCAGAGGGCCGGUACAGAAUUCCGGACCCACCAUACAGGAUUAUUUAGGCAGACCUCGACCAACAUGGGAAGAAAUAAAAGAGCAACUCGAGAAGAAGAAGAAAGGGUCGCGAGCCUUGGCCGACUUUGAGGACAAAAUGAACGAGAGAUGGAAGAAAGAGCUGGCAAAGAACCGAGAGAAGCUGCUGGGCACGGGCGAAAAGGACAGAGAAAAGGACAAAAAGGCAACAGAGCGAGAAAAAGAGGAGAAGAAAGACAAAAAAGAGAAAAGGGACAGGAAGAAAAGAAGUAGGCAUUCUUCAUCUUCUUCCUCCUCCUCAUCGAGUUCUGAUUCCUCCAGCAGCUCCUCCUCGGAUUCGGAAGAUGAGGUUGAAAAGAAGACUGUGAAGAAGAAGCGGAAAAGAAAGAAGUCAACAGACGUUGACUCGGAUGCUGAAAGAAAGAAGAAAAAGAAAAGAAUUAAGGAAGAAAGCGAUAACAAUAAGGAUGAAAAAAGCCGUAGAAGGAAAAUAAAAAGCGAGCCAAAGUCGUCUACCGAGUCAGAUGGAGAGGAAAUGGCUGACGUCAAGAAGAAAAAGAGAAGUAGUGAGGAACAGGAGAAAAUUCCAGAAAAAUCGAAGAAAAAACGGAAAAAGAAGCACAAGAAGCACGGAAGGAAAAAGAAAAGGAAGGCGCCGUCGCAGUCCGACUCUGAGCUGGACUAGCCACGACUCCCCUGAUUAUUAAUUUUUUUCUGGGCCUCCUGUUUUUUUCCACCACAGGAAACAUUCAGCUCCAAUUUGCAGUGCUGUGCUGGGAAGCCCCGAUGAAUCAGGUGCAUCUUUUUAGUUUUGCGGGCGUUUUUUUGACAGCGCGUGCUUUUCGGACGUUCCGGCCCUUUAAGAAGAUGUGGGCUUCCUCCUUUGCAUGUCGAGCUCAACGCUUGAUGGUACGCCAGCCUCAUAUUGAAGUUGGACUUUAAAAAAAAAAAAAAAAAAAAAACACUUAAUUGCUGCACGACAGUGAGUGUGGACAAACUAGUAUUUCAUGGAUAUAGUCACAUUUUAGCCGUGAACGAUCACGAUUCAGCGCUAUUGACAGGGAUAGACGUCCGGUCCGCUUGUACCGGCAGCGGGUCAAUGGCUAACAGUUUAAGGAUGACGUUUUGAAAGUUGAUAUUUAGUAGCUCAACUACCUCCAUCAGCUUUGCUUUUACUGUUAUCCAGCAUGUUUUUUUUGUUUGUUUGUUUUUUUUCCAUUAAACUGCUAAAAAUUCAACCAGUCUGUUGGAAAUGUGUAAAGUGAUUGCAGCACACAUUUGGGGCUGCCACAAAUAUUUUAUUUUAAUUGAGCGAAUAAAUCAAU